GAAUUUUGGGUCAGAUAGAUAUGGAUGGAAAAGCCUUCUCUUUCUACCGGAAAGACAGUGGACCUGUAGAAAUAUCACCCAAAACAUUUAACACCUUCACUGCAUUCACUCUGUGUCUGAAAACAUGUACAAAUCUCACAGAGAACAUGCUAAUGUUCAAACUGUUCGAUAUGGUCAACAUGAAUAAAUUUGCCAUGCUACUUGAUGCCAACCCAAGCACCUUCACUGGAGCAGAUUUACUGAUCUUUUAUGAAGAUCUGCAACUGAGCUUCCACUUCCCAGACACUGACACUAACAAGUGGAGGAGCAUAUGUGUGGCGUUUGACUCAAACUCUGGAAGACUACUGUUCUGGCUCAAUGGGAAACUGUAUCAAAGUGAAGAUGUACAGAAAGGGUUGACAGAUUUCGUUCCUAUGAGUAUAAUUAUUGGGAGGAGUUUUGUUGGUGAAGAAAAUUCAGCAGUAGCUCAAAUAACAGAUGUCAACAUGUGGAGCACAGUGUUAAUGUCACAUGACAUAGAGAGAUUUAUUACAAAUAAAGUGACAGGUGAUGUGAUUAACUGGAGAUUGUUAAAUUACAAAACCAGGGGUGUAGAAAUUAUUGAGCCAUGCCACUGUUCUGAAAAUUCAUGGAACCUCUAGA